AUGCUCUCCAUCCGCGGCAGCUCUGUCCAGCCCCCGCGCAGCGCUGGCCGCGCGUCUGCGGCUCGGCGCGUGCUGGCCCCCUUGCGGGCGGCCAACGGCGGCAUAGGGGAGGCGCUCAACUCGGUCGCCAACGCCUUCGUGAAGAUCUUCUCUCCCCCUCAGGAUGAUGCCCCCAACGGCAACUGGGAGGGCACCACGUCCAACUUCAGCGGUCGCAUCCGCCACCACGGCCCCGGCCGCCCCUUCAAGGACGGAUUCUCGGGCCCCAAGGCCGCCGCGGCCCCGGGCGCCGAAGCUGCUCCUGCAGCCACCGCCCCCGCUGCCGAGGAGGCCGGUAACGAGCCCCAGGCUGCGGGCUACGUGGAGGGCGCCGUGAAGAGCGUCAUGGACAAGAACUUUGCCGGCAAGGAUGACAAACGUACGGUCUAUACCGCAGCAUUCAACAGCCACAACUGCAUCCGUUUUGCGACCGCAAUGAUCGUGCCCCAGCUGGGGACCGGCGCAGAGGGCUGGAAGGGCGACCUGCAUGGCCGCAAGCGCGACGGGUUCCACAUCCCCCGCUCUUGA